AUACAGAGACGUCCGCCAUUGUCGCGUCUAUCGCCCAAUAAAAAGUGUGAAAAUCGGGGGACCUAAAACGUAUUCAAAUUGUGCAAAUAGGUAAAAUUUCGGUCUAAAUAUUGUGCAAUAUGGUGUCUGAUAAUAUCACUGAUAUGUGUGUCGUGUAAAACAAGCGCAGCGAAGGCUUUUUACAUGAGUUUUAAGGCAUGUGCGAAUAAAGUGUGUGUGCGGUGAGGAGGAGAGCAACAAAGCCAAAUAACGAUUACAUAUACAGUUUAUAUACAUUUAAAUGGACUUUGCGCAAAACUAAGAGCAAUGAAAUGCUGAAAACUAAGCAAAAAUACUGUAUUUUUAUGUUUGCACAACUUUUUAGCUAACAUUUAUAGGGGCUGUCCUGUGCAAAACGAACUAAUAUAAAACGCAGCGAAAUGGCCUCGCCCUCGCCGGCGAAUAGUCCGAUGCCGCCACCACAGGCACCCAGCCCUAUGGCGCCACCCUCUCAAAGCCCUGCGCCCUCGCCACAUAGUCCCUAUCCGCACCAGCCACCCCAAGGACCGCCGCAGGGACCACCGCCUGGUGCACCGCACAUGCAAGGACCACCCCCUCCGGGUCAUCCAGCUGGACCAUACGGCCAUCCCAUGCAACAUGGACCGCCCGGGCAGGGUCCACCAGGCCAUCAUAUGCCGCCGCAUCAUCAGGGCAUGACGCCGCAUAUGGGCAUGCAAAUGCCACCAGCUGGACCGAAUAUGUCGCCGAUUGGCUAUCAAACGCACGGCAUGCCGCCCAAUGGUCCGCCACAGCCUGGUCAGGGCCCGCCUGGUGGUCCACCUGGCGGUCCGCCCGAGCGUUCCGGCCAAGAGAAUCUGCAUGCCCUGCAACGGGCCAUUGACUCGAUGGAGGAGAAGGGACUGCAAGAGGAUCCACGCUACUCGCAACUGCUGGCAAUGCGCGCCACUUCCAAGCACCAGCAUCUCAAUGGCAAUCAGGUUAAUCUGCUGCGCACACAGAUCACUGCCUACCGCAUGCUGGCACGCAACAAACCCAUUUCCAUGCAGAUGCAGCAGGCGUUGCAGGCGGCACAGCAGCAGCAACAGCAACAACCGCCGCCGCCCAUCGGACCGCCGGGUAUGCCGGGUGGACCGCCGCCGGGUGUGCCGCAUGGGGGUCAGCAGCCUAUGCAGCCCCAACAGCCGCCCUCGACAGGCACCCCGCCCCAGUGUUCUACGCCACCAGCUAGUCCAUACGGCCCGCCAGUGCCUGGACAGAAAAUGCAGCCAGCGCCGCCUCCGCAUAUGCAAGGGCAACCGUUGCAGCCCCAGCCGCCGCUGAUCGGUGGCGCUCCUCCGCCGCCGCAGCAGCAACAACAACAGAUGCAGCAGCAACAGCAGCAGCAGCAGCAACAGCAGCAACAACAACAAAUGCAGCAGCAACAGCAACAACAACAGCAACAGCAGCCUCUGCAGCCCCCACCAGAUCAGUUGCAGCAUCAGCAGCACAAUGGUGGUAAGCCGCUGGCCAUGGGUGCAGCUGGGGGCCAGCCGUUGAUACCAGCUUCACCUAUGCAGGUGCAGGGCGUGCGUCCUGCGGCGCCAGGUCUGCCUGGUAAUCAAGUUGCGCCACCGGGUCCGCCGAGACCAGGCGCACCGCCCGGACAGCAACAGCCAAUGGCCAAACCAAACCGCGUGACCACCGUGGCCAAGCCGGUGGGUCUCGAUCCUAUCACGUUGCUGCAGGAACGCGAGAAUCGCAUAGCUGCACGCAUAUCGCUUCGCAUGCAGGAGCUACAAAGGCUGCCGGCCACAAUGUCUGAGGAUCUGCGCCUUCAGGCGGCCAUUGAGUUGCGUGCUCUGCGCGUUCUGAACUUUCAACGUCAGCUGCGCAUGGAAAUUGUACAAUGCACACGACGCGACACAACGCUGGAGACUGCCAUCAAUAUGAAGUUCUACAAGCGUACCAAGCGUCAAGGGCUGCGCGAGGCACGCGCCACCGAGAAGCUCGAGAAACAGCAGAAACUCGAAGCGGAACGGAAACGCAGACAGAAGCAUCUUGAGUUCUUGUCUGCAGUGCUGCAGCAUGGCAAGGAUCUGCGUGAAUAUCAUCGCAAUAACAAGGCUCAGCUGGCGCGGAUGAACAAGUCCGUGAUGAACUACCAUGCGAAUGCGGAACGUGAACAGAAGAAGGAACAGGAGCGCAUCGAGAAAGAGCGUAUGCGUCGCUUGAUGGCCGAGGAUGAGGAGGGUUACCGCAAACUGAUCGAUCAGAAGAAGGACAAGCGCUUGGCAUUCCUGCUGUCCCAGACAGACGAGUACAUUAGCAAUCUCACACAGAUGGUCAAGCAGCACAAGGACGACCAGAUGAAGAAAAAGGAGGAGGAAGGCAAACGUCUGCAGCAGUACAAAAAGGAGCUGCUCAUGACCGGCGAAUACGUCAACAUUGAUGAGAGCAGCAUUGCCGCCGAUAUGCGUGUCCAUGUGGUGGAGCAAUGCAGCGGCAAGAAGCUAACCGGUGAUGAUGCACCGAUGCUUAAGCAUUUACAUCGCUGGCUGAACAUGCAUCCCGGCUGGGAUUGGAUAGACGAUGACGAUGACGAGAACGACGGUUCGCCAGAGAAGAAAGCGAAACCAAAGCUUGAGGAGCAGCCACAGUUGGAGCGUAAUUCUAGCGCAGAGGGAUCUGAAGACACAACAGACAAAUCGGCGCAAUCAGGUGAUCCGGAAGCCAACGAUUUGAUUAACCAAGUCAAGGUCGAGGAUGAUGAAUAUCGUACUGAGGAGCAAACAUACUACAGCAUUGCGCACACUGUGCACGAGAAGGUCACAGAGCAGGCCGCUAUUAUGGUCAAUGGCCAGCUGAAAGAGUAUCAGUUGAAGGGUCUCGAAUGGCUUGUCUCGCUGUAUAACAACAAUUUGAAUGGCAUUUUGGCCGAUGAGAUGGGUCUCGGCAAGACCAUUCAGACCAUUUCACUGGUCACCUAUCUAAUGGAUCGCAAGAAGGUGAUGGGUCCGUAUUUAAUCAUUGUACCACUUUCCACACUUCCCAAUUGGGUGCUGGAAUUUGAGAAAUGGGCGCCCUCCGUUGGCGUUGUCAGCUACAAAGGCAGUCCACAGGGUCGCCGUCUGCUCCAGAAUCAAAUGCGUGCCACCAAAUUUAAUGUGCUGCUAACCACUUACGAGUAUGUGAUCAAGGACAAGGCGGUGCUGGCCAAGAUACAAUGGAAGUACAUGAUCAUCGACGAGGGUCAUCGCAUGAAGAAUCAUCAUUGCAAAUUGACGCAGGUGCUCAAUACACAUUACAUAGCGCCUUAUCGACUGCUACUCACGGGCACACCGCUGCAGAAUAAGCUGCCCGAACUUUGGGCGCUGCUCAACUUUUUGCUACCUUCCAUUUUCAAAUCUUGCUCCACAUUUGAGCAGUGGUUCAAUGCGCCGUUUGCAACCACCGGCGAGAAAGUUGAACUGAAUGAGGAGGAAACCAUUUUGAUUAUUCGCCGCUUGCACAAGGUGCUGCGUCCGUUCCUGUUGCGCCGUCUCAAAAAGGAGGUCGAGCAUCAGCUACCCGAUAAGGUCGAGUACAUCAUCAAGUGCGACAUGUCCGCACUGCAGCGCGUUCUCUACAAGCACAUGCAGAGCAAGGGUGUCCUGCUUACCGAUGGCUCCGAGAAGGGCAAGCAUGGAAAGGGCGGCGCCAAGGCUUUAAUGAACACCAUCGUUCAGCUGCGCAAGCUAUGCAAUCAUCCGUUCAUGUUCCAGCACAUCGAGGAGAAGUAUUGCGAUCAUACUGGAGGGCAUGGCGUAGUCUCAGGACCCGAUCUUUAUCGAGUGUCAGGUAAAUUUGAGCUGUUGGAUCGUAUUUUGCCCAAACUGAAGGCAACGAAUCAUCGUGUGCUGCUCUUCUGUCAGAUGACCCAGUGCAUGACCAUUAUCGAGGAUUAUCUUAGUUGGCGCCAGUUUGGUUACCUGCGCCUGGAUGGCACCACCAAGGCUGAGGAUCGUGGCGAACUGCUGCGUAAAUUUAAUGCCAAGGGCUCCGAUUAUUUUGUCUUCUUGCUUUCCACACGCGCCGGUGGUCUCGGUUUGAAUUUACAGACAGCCGACACAGUGGUCAUCUUUGAUUCUGACUGGAAUCCGCAUCAGGAUCUGCAAGCGCAGGAUCGUGCUCAUCGUAUCGGUCAGCGUAAUGAGGUGCGUGUAUUGCGUCUAAUGACGGUCAAUUCGGUGGAGGAGCGUAUUUUGGCCGCGGCCCGAUACAAGCUGAACAUGGACGAGAAAGUCAUUCAGGCGGGCAUGUUCGAUCAGAAAUCCACGGGCAGCGAACGUCAGCAAUUUUUGCAAACUAUUUUGCAUCAGGACGACAACGAGGAAGAGGAAGAGAAUGAAGUGCCCGAUGAUGAGAUGAUUAACAUGAUGAUAGCGCGCAGUGAGGAAGAAAUUGAAAUCUUCAAGAGAAUGGAUAUUGAACGCAAGAAAGAGGAUGAGGAUAUUCAUCCGGGCCGAGACCGUCUAAUUGAUGAAUCCGAGCUGCCCGACUGGCUAACGAAGGACGAUGACGAGGUGGAGCGUUUCCACUACCAAUAUGAUGAAGAUACCAUAUUGGGUCGGGGAUCACGACAGCGCAAGGAGGUUGACUACACGGACAGUCUGACCGAAAAGGAGUGGCUCAAGGCAAUCGAUGAUGGCGCCGAGUUUGACGAAGAGGAGGAGGAGGAUAACGACUCAAAGCGCAAGCGUCGCAAACGCAAGAACCGCAAAGAUGAGUCGGAUGACGAUUCACUGAUAUUGAAGCGCAGACGCCGCCAGAAUUUGGACAAACGCUCCAAGAAGCAAAUGCACAAGAUCAUGAGCGCUGUCAUCAAGCACACUCAGGAUGGUCGCACGCUCUCAGAGCCAUUUAUGAAGCUUCCCUCGCGCCAGCGGUUGCCCGAUUAUUAUGAUAUUAUCAAGCGGCCGGUGGACAUUAAGAAAAUACUGCAACGCAUCGAGGAUUGCAAAUACGCGGAUCUCAAUGAGCUCGAAAAGGACUUUAUGCAGCUCUGUCAGAAUGCGCAAAUCUACAAUGAGGAGGCAUCACUCAUUUAUCUAGAUUCCAUGGCGUUGCAAAAAGUGUUUGUAAGCGCUAGGCAAAGAAUAACGGCCGCUGCGGAUGCGGCCGCUGUAGCUGCUGGCGACAACACGAGCGAUGCUCACGGCAAUGGCGGUGGCGGUGGUUCCGACAAUUCGGACAAUGAUGACGAUGAGGGCGAUGAUAACUCGGAUGAUGAGGAAAUAGCCACCACCUCGGCGGCGGCAGUUAAAAUGAAGCUUAAACUCAACAAAUCACUGGCCAGUGCACCAGCCACGCCCACACAAUCCUCAACAGCUGCCUCGGUGGCUAGCAGUGGCGCAGCGACCACAUCCAAGAAGCAAACGCGUCGCAAGCGCGCCCAAAAGAAAUAUACCAUAUCGGAUGAUGAUGACGAUGAUAUGGACUAGCUGCCACUGGGCGUCAUCUUCAAACGAUUCGCUUUGGAUACGUCCGACAGCGCCGAAUGCAACUAAUAUUUAGUUUAUUUUAAGUUCUUUUAGCCACCCAAAUUCAGUUCGCAAUACCCAAUCCCGUUCUUAGCACUACCCCGAGAUCCCAAGCUGCAUCGCAAUAAUGAAACUUUAUACAAUUUUUCGCACAUCAAAAAUACAAUGAUAUAUUCAUAUAUA